CUCGGGCUGCUGAAGGACGUGCUUCGCCAGCGCCCCGAGUUCAAGGUGGUGGUGGUGACGGUGCCAGCCCUGGAGGAGCGGCUGCGGGCCUUCUGCGGGGACCCUCCCGUGGUGCGGGUGCCAGGACCCAGCCCUCCCGGCCAGCUGGUGUACAGGGAUCCACCGGCUCGGGGCCAUGUCACGGCUGCGUGCCAGGCGGUAUUGGACAUUCACCGGCACCAGGAACCCGGCGAUGUGCUGCUCUUCCUGGCCAGUGAGCAGGAGAUCAGCGAGUGCUGCAAGGCCAUCCACACCGAGGCUGUGGCCCUGAACCCCGGGCUGGGCCCGCUACUGGCCCUACCCCUGCACCCAGGGGUGGGGCGGGCAGCCCAGAAAGUCUACGAGGUGCCAGAGCAGUGCAGCGGGCCCCAGGGCCGGCAUGUGAUCGUCACCCACUGGCUUGCAGAUUCAUCCUUCUCCCUGGGGACUGUGCGCUACGUCAUUGACACGGGUCUGGAGCUGCGCAGUGUUUACAAUCCCCGGAUCCGCGCAGAGUCCCAGGUGCUGCGGCCCAUCAGCAAGAGCCAGGCAGAGUCACGGAGGCAGCGGGCCUCAGGCAGCCCCCCAGGCACCUGCUUGCGCCUCUACUCCGAAGCCUUCUAUGAGCAGUUCCUCCCGGCCGCCCCCACCCCCCACGUGAGUGAGGCCAACCUGAGCCGUCUGGUGCUGCUGCUCAAGAGACUCGACAUCGCUGACAUGGGCCAGUGCGACUUCCUUGACCGGCCAGCCCCCGAGUCCUUGAUGCAGGCCCUGGAGGACCUGGAUUACCUGGCUGCGCUGGAUGAUGAUGGGAACCUCUCGGAGGUGGGGAUCAUCAUGUCGGAGUUCCCCCUGGACCCCCAGCUGGCCAAGGCACUCAUUGCCUCCUGCGAGUUCGACUGCGUCCACGAGAUGCUCACCAUGGCCGCCAUGCUCACGGCCUCACCCUGCUUCGUGACUCCAGUGGUGCGCUCCGAGGAGGCUGCAGCCGUGCGCCGGCGGGCCCUGCUGCACCCCGAUGGGGACCACUUCACCCUCAUCAAUGUCUUCAAUGCCUUCCAGCAGCAUGAACUGGAUGAGGGCUGGUGCCGUCAGCACGGGGUGAGCAGCUCGGGGCUGCGGCUGGCGGGCGUCGUGCGGGCCGAACUGCUGGAGGUGAUGCAGCGAAUCGAGCUGCCCGUCUCUCCCCCCGCCUUUGGCACGGAUGACAACGUGCUCAACCUCAAGAGGGCACUCAUCUCUGGCUACUUCCUCAAGGUGGCCCGGGACAUCGAUGGCUCCGGGAACUACCUGAUGCUGACACAUAAGCAUGUGGCCCACCUGCCCCCCCAGUGCUGCUACGUGGUGCGGAGGCCCCUGCCCCGCCCGCCCCCCUGGGUCCUGUACCACGAGUUCACCAUCUCGCAGGACAACUGUCUCAGCGUGGUGUCUGAGAUCCAGCCCCAGAUGCUGGUAGAGCUGGCGCCCCAAUACUACCUGAGUAACCUACCGCCCAGCGAGAGCCGCGACCUGCUCAUGGAGCUGAGGGAGAAGCUGCUUGGUGCUGCGGAGCCCCUGGGCCAGCUGGAGCCAGCGCUGGAUGGGGCAGGGGACAGGGAGGUGGAGGGCAAGGAUGUGUGUGCACUCCAGUGAGUGGGCACAAGGGGCUGGCUGGGCUCCGCUGUUGUGACAAUGGGGGGGGGGGUACAUGGAGCCCCAGGAGGGCGUGCAGAGUCCUUCCCCUGGGCCGUGCCCCCCCUCCAGUCCUCCUAUGCUGCUGUACCUGCCCCAUGCUCUGCCAUGUACUCAAGCUGGCUCCUGUGGGGCUCCCGGCCCUCCCAGCUCAUGGUGCAGGAGGGCUGCCCCCCACCUUCUCUCUGAGCCACUUCGCCCUAGCACUACUGGCUGCUCUCAGGGCCCGCUCCUCCCUGCUGGUGUGUUACCUGGGGCCUUCUCUGCUAUGGGGCACAGCCUCCCCCUGGGGUUGGAACAAACUGUCCUGCCCCACACACUCCAUGGCGUAGGGCCAGGCACCACAUAUGGGCUGGGGCGCAGGGGGCGCUGGCCCAUAGCCUGACUGUAUAAAGCUUUUCUGUGACCUUUG